AUGCCAUCAACAACUACCAAACCUACAAGUCCGUGUGCUUCAAGCCCAUGUGUUGGUGGAAGCACCUGUGAAGAACGUGCAAACCAGACUUACAAGUGCUUGUGUCUUCCGGGAGAAGUUUAUCGACAAGGCUGUCAGAAGGCCAAGGUUUUCCCUGCUCUGGUGGCCUUAGCGGACAAAUAUGUUCCUGAAAUGGCCGACAAAACAUCAGAACUAUUUAAAAAGAUUUCAGAUAAAAUUACUGAUGCGAUUGACAAAGAGUUCAAAAAUAAACAUGGAUUCAUUUUGACAUUAGUCCUGGAGCUCCGGGAAAUAAAACCGGUAGUAAGGUCAAACGCAGGCAACGUUGAAGCAUCAGUCCAAACCAUCUAUGAAGCAACGUCUAACGUCACAGAAGACAUUGUAACAGAAAGUAUGAAAAAUGUCACCUGCGAAAGCUGUCCACUGCCUGGAAACUUUACAUUGAAAGACCUUUGUGGUUCCGAUCCAUGCGACAAAAUAACUACAAAGUGCAACCCUACAGUGGGCAGUUUCGUGUGCACGUGUUUAGAUGGUUAUAUUACAACAAACUACAGUGGAAGAUUAUGCAUGGCGUGUCCCCCUGGUCAGAAAGCUGUGAACAACCAAUGUGUAAAAUGUAGCUUUGGUCGUUCUGGCAUGAACUGCGAGGAUGAUUCGUUGUUGAUCCUUGUGAUCGUUUCACCUGUUCUCGGAUGCCUGCUUGUCGUCUCGUUGAUCACUCUGCCGCUGUUAACAAGAACAUUCAAGAGAAAAAUGUCCAAGGGCAAAGAAAAAGAGAUUUGGAAACCGUACAAUAUCCCUUCCUUUGACAAGAAUCCACAAUCCUACAGUAGCAGUGCUAGCUUUUUCACCUGUAUCAAAGAACCAGAAAACACCCUGGCAAAUUCUGGUGUCCCACCAAUCCCACGCGCCAAACUCAGCAGCAGCUGGACUGGCAAGAUCAACACGGAGAUUUCUCCAAGCAGCAGCCAACAAAGCUCGACUACUUCAAGGAGAAACACUAUUGGACCAGACAGCAUCCCCUACAAGAACGUCUUAUCUAUAAGAAACCCUUACGCCCAGAAUCAAACCACAGACCAGACCAGACUCUAAUUAAGGAGCAGGAAGUUGGAUCUCUGUAGGAAUUCCUACAGUGGUGUUUAUCCAAAGAUACUGCAUUACAUUUGAACUUCCUCAAUGUAAAAGAUGUAAACAGGAGCUUAUCAACAGAAAUGUGCAAUUAAUGUGAUAGAUAUUGUAUCCUGUGUUCCUUUACUACUUUUAGCUUGUAUUGUGUGACAAAUAGUCUGGGCUGUUAAAAGCUGCCUUAAACCAGUCUGGCUUUCAUCAUCAAAAUCAUAAUGUUUGGUUUAUAAAUCCUGCAUUUUAAUCACCCAGUCUCUCAGUUCUUGGUAUUAAAUGCACUAUUUAUUCUCUGUUUUCUUUCUGACUGAGCAAAAAGACACCUGAUAAUUUAUUUUUUUAUUAUUAAUCUAUGAAUUUUGCUAGAGUUGUUUUCUGUAAGAAUUACAGGUUUAAUUUGUGCCUUAGUUUUAUGUUUAUUUAAGUUCUUGUCAAUAAGAUCAACAGGAGAUUUCCUUAAAUCUGUUAAUGUGUUUCAUGUAAAAGGAAAAUUGUCACAACUCCAAUGGUUUGGGAUAUUUAUCAAUGUUUGCAUAACUUUUUUUUAUUUUUCUUGGUCUAGUUACAAACCAGUGAUGCAAAACAUUUGAUUGCUAUGACUUUGGUGUAUUAUAGCUGACUGCUAAUGGCACACUCACUGAAAAUGCAUGUGUGUUUGGAUAAAUGAGAUGAGAACAAAGAUUCUGUUGUAAAGCACUUUAAGGAGUGUAGUUGGCUAAAAAGGUGCAAUAUAAGUAAAAUAUAUUAAACUUUUUUUUGUCUAAAUGUGUUAAAACUUGUUAUAUUGUAAUAACCUAAUUUGACCAGUGGAGGGCUCCAAACCUGAAGUUUUACAUAAAUUAUAUAUUUUUUUUAUCUCAUAGAAUAAAAAGGAAUGCAAUUAAA